AUUUACCUCUAAAUGUAUAUAUGCAUGGAAGUGCAUGCGUAUGUGUGUCUCUGUGGAUGUGGGGCAGAGGUGGCAUGUGGGUGAUGGAGAUCUGGGGUAGGAGGUGCAUGCGUGGCCCAGAUAUACUCAUGUAAGAUUGUUUCAUUCACAUUCUUUGUUUUUGUAUCACAGUGGUGGGUGUUAAUGCAGCUAUGCAUGACAUGAAAGAUUGCAGAGAGACUGCUGUCAUGUUUGGGUGGAAACAUACCGUCUAUGAGGUUCAAAACAGGCCAAGAUACCACACUGAAGUUCUCCUACCAUCAGGAUUAUCUAAACUUCUUCUUUUCUGUGCAUUAGUUGCUUUAAUCAUCAGGGAUUAUGCCUUUUUAUUCUCAAAUCCUACCUCACAUAACAUAAUGUUUUCUUUACAUGGUGCCAUUUUAUCUGUUUUUGUGUUCAUGUCAAGGUGCUUGUGCUCAACCAAACACUGCGUCCUUGUUGUAUUUUUGUGCCCUAUUUUCAAGCUACCACCCUAGUGCAUCUUCUCUAACCCUGCCUCCACCUGUUCAUAAAAUACCUCCAGCUUUACACAACCCAUUUGACAACAUGCACCUAUAGUUUGGUGAAAAAAUGCGGCACUGCUUCCUGGUAGGUGGGCACGCUGCUGCAGUUGCCGCCUGUGUGUUUUCUGAGGCCAUACUGCAGCACAGAGCUUUAUGUUAGGUGACCGGAACCAGCUGAAACCGGUUUGAGGCAGACGGAGGGCUGACAAGAACAAUGCUGCCUCUGUGCUCCACAGGGAUAGAGAUAGCCCGGGCUGCUCCAUGGCAGCCCUGGACAGCUCAGUCACUGGCUACCAUGGCACAGGCGCAGACCCUGCUGCUGCUGCUCGCUGCUGGCUGGAUGUCGGAGGGCUACGCAGCACGGCUCACUGCGAGGGGAGCAGGGAGAUAUGGGAAGGGACGAGGGCAGGGGGACGUGGCUGGCUGGGAGUCUGUGAAUCUGCAGCCUGACACACACACACACACACAUUUACAGGAGCAUGAUCUAUCUGUCUGUUUAUAUGUCUGUGUGCUGCUAGUGGUGCAGAGAAUGACUAAGGACAAUCCCUACCAGGACCACCACCAGCACUCACCACAUCCCUGGAUGUAACCUGACCCUGUAUUCUGGGCCUUCGCCUGGUUGGGAAGACUUUUUUUUUCCCAGGCAGGGUGGGGUGGAUGGCUUUUGUGGGUUAGUAGUGUUGUGACUCUGUUUGUUGCAGGAUGGAAGGCAGGAAGGAAAGAAGGUUUGGCUAGUGGCUGGAGAGGGACGGAGGCAAGAGGGUAAUCUCCUCAUCAGAACAGGAACAGGAACAUGGGAGAUAUGAAGACGCCAGACUUCGAUGACCUGCUGGCGGCCUUCGACAUCCCCGACAUGGUGGAUCCUAAAGCCGCUAUUGAAUCUGGCCAUCAAGACGACCAUGAAGGACAACUCAAGCAACCAAGUGGUGCCAUGACAACCACUGAUGAUGAUGCCCACAACCCCUCAGCGCCACAUGACGUUGGUGUUAGUGUAAUUGUAAAGAACAUCCGAAACAUGGACACCAGUGAGCAUGGUGGAACCGUUUCAGAGAAAGAUGGGCAUUUCCACUCCCAUCCUCACCAUCGUUCUGUCGGUAAUGGACUUCACAAUGGCUUGCUACCCACAAUGCCACCUGGUACUCAUUAUACUAAGAAUGGAUGGAAACCUCCCAGAGAAGAAGGACAGAAAGUCAACAACCAAUCAUCUACCUUCAAUCAGUUUAGCCCAAUCUCUAGUGCUGAAGAGUUUGAUGAUGAUGAUAAGAUUGAGGUAGAUGAUCCCAUGGACAAGCAAGGAGGUCAGACUUACUUUCAGCCCACUGCAAAGAAAGAGGACCACAAUCCAAAAUCUCCUGUAGUGGCCAGUGUUUAUAAGCCUAGAACAAAUGGAGAUCAAAAAGCUGAUCAAAACAACAACAACAACAACAACAAUAAUAAUGGAACUGUUGCAAGUUGUAAGUCUAACAAUCCCUCACGAUCAAGUUUGUCUGAAGAGGAAGUCAAUGAAACUGUCCACAAGUCUCGAAAUCAAGAGUGCAGGGAACCCGGCGAGUCUUCAGGACCUGCAAAUGUGUCAAGUAUCCCCCAGGUUAAAGCCAAAUCCUCUACAAAACUUUCAUCUUGCAUAGCAGCCAUUGCAGCACUCAGUGCCAAAAAGGCUAGUACUGCAGAUUUGGGAGUUUCGGAUUCUCAGACAACGCAGAAAGAAUCCAUCCAGGCCACUGAUAUUCCCAAAGCUCCAGAAAACCCACAGGAGCUAGAGUCAUCUCUAGACGUUGCAAAGAAGCCUCUAACAAGACAGCCAGAAAGCCCAUCUAGUGUCACAAGUGAGGGCAGCUGCAAAGGUUCACCCUCCUCAAACACAGACACAACCCCAGUCAUCCCAAAGGUCAGAAUAAAAACAAUCAAAACCUCAUCUGGACAGAUCAAGCGUACUGUCACCCGAGUCCUUCCAGAGUUUGAUCCUGAUGGUCUGAAAAAAGGAGAAAAUUGCUCAUCUGUCAUGGCAACCACUAAUGCAAUUUUCUCGUCUCCCACAAGGCCUUCUCUGCCAACCACAGUAUUAGCCACCGCUGGAGGCCCCUCUAUUGAAAUAACCAAGCAAAUGACUAUUAAACCUGUAGCAACAGCUUUCCUGCCAGUCUCAGCAGUCAAGACAGCUGGUUCACAAGUUAUCAACCUUAAGCUGGCCAACAACACUACAGUCAAAGCAACAGUCAUUCCUGCUGCAUCAGUGCAAAGUGCCAGCAGUGCAAUCCUGAAAGCUGCUAAUGCCAUCCAGCAACAGACUGUCAUGGUACCUGCCUCCAGUCUGGCUAAUGCCAAACUUGUGCCAAAGACAGUCCAUCUCAGUAACCUCAAUCUUCUCCCUCAAGCUGUGUCCUCUGCUGCCUGUGAUCUCCAGCAGGCUCUGUCCGCCUCCAAACAGGUCCAGCAUCAACAAUCACAAGCCAAACAGACAAUUCUCGCUGGCCAGACCUCAAAGAAAGUCCCCAGGGUUCAAGUGUUCACUAGUUCUCAAAGUUCAGUAGUGGAUGCUUUCAAUAAAGUCCUGAGUAGCAUGAAUCCCGUCCCUGUGUACAUUCCAAACCUCUCUCCACCAACUUCCGCCUGUAUCUCUUUACCCUCACGUGGCUACAAGUGUCUGGAGUGUGGAGACUCAUUUGCUCUUGAGAAGAGCCUGACACAGCACUACGAACGUCGCAGUGUCCGAAUCGAGGUCACCUGCAACCACUGCGCCAAAAGUCUGGUGUUCUACAACAAAUGCAGCCUCUUAUCUCAUGCUAGAGGCCACAAGGACAAAGGGGUGGUCAUGCAGUGCUCUCACUUAAUCCUAAAACCCAUCCCUGCAGAUCAGAUGAUCAGUACAUCGACUUCAUCAGGACCAUCCAUCGUCACCAGCACCACUUCCACCUCUCAAGUGCAGGCAUCCACAGGUCAAAUCCAAGGGAAAGUUUCUGGUGGUGGGACGCAAGCCACAGUAAUUUCAGCUCCAUGCAGUGCUCCUCUUGUGGCAGCCAUGCCCUUGGAGGACGAUGCAUCAAAGCUCUGCAGACACAGCCUGAAAUGUUUGGAGUGUAACGAAAUCUUCCAGGAUGACAGCUCGCUAGCCAUGCACUACCAGCAAGCACAGGAGUCCAGUGCUCAGAAAACAUGCACUAUUUGUCAAAUGCUUCUCCCAAAUCAGUGCAGCUUUCUGUCACACCAGCGAAUCCACCAGCACAAGUCUCCUUAUAUCUGCCCCGAGUGUGGUGCCAGUUGUCGCUCUGUCCACUUCCAGUCACAUGUCACCAGGAACUGCCUGCAUUACACCCGAAGAGUCGGCUACCGCUGUAUCCACUGUAGUGUGAUCUUUGCUGAUGUCGCAACUCUGAAGUCCCACAUCCAGAAUACUCACUGUGAGGUCUUCUAUAAAUGUCCUCUGUGCCCGAUGGCAUUCAAGUCUGCACCUGGAACACAUUCACAUGCAUACACACAGCAUCCUGGAGUGAAGGCAGCAGAGCCCAAGUUGAUCUAUAAAUGUUCCAUGUGUGAUACCGUGUUCACUCUCCAGUCGCUGCUCUACACACACUUUGACCAGCACGUUGUCAAUCAUAAAGUUUCAGUCUUCAAAUGCCCUGACUGCUCCAUGCACUAUGCACAGAAACAGCUCAUGCUGGAUCACAUUAAGGCCAUCCAUGGAACCCUGAAGACCAUCGAGGGUCCACCAAACCUGGGUAUCAACCUCCCUCUCAGCAUGAAGCCCACCAAUUCUAACAGCACCAACAGCAACAGCACCCAUAAUAAUAACAGCAAGGAUGGAGGUAACGUCAAUGGUCAAGAGAAGACAGAAAAGAAGGCUUCACCUUCACCGCUGAAGAAAACCAACAGUAACUGCUCAGCAGACUUGAAGAGUCCUCCCAGCUCAGGUUAUACGUGUGGAGACUGCAGCAGCCUCUUCAACUCCAGGGAGCUCUUUGUGGCGCACAUGAGGCGAGAACAUGGCAAGAGCCUGAAGAAACACCCAUGUCGACAGUGUGACAAGUCUUUCAGCUCCUCUCACAGUCUUUGCAGACACAACCGUCUCAAACACAAGGGACUCCGGAAGGUCUACACCUGCCCGCACUGUCCAGCUCUCAGUCAGCCCUUCACCAAAAGAGUGCUGCUGGAUCAGCACAUUCAGCUGAUGCACGGAGUUAAAGAUGCAGGAGGAAAGACUGCGAAGCCUGAUAAUAAGGAGGCUUUAGCUGAUAAGGAGAAGAGCCUCAGCCCCAAAAGGAAGACAGAGGACGGUGAGGGCUCUCCAGGCUUGAACUCCAGGAGCUCCGACUCGCAGCCGCUGAAGAGGCUCAAGGUGAACAUCCUCAAAGUCCACAAAUGUGCCGUCUGCGGUUUCACCACCGAAGAUGUCACCGCCUUUCACGAGCACAUACCUCAGCACAAGUCAGACGGCUCUUCCUACCAGUGUCAGGAGUGCGGCCUGUGUUACACCUCCCACCGCUCACUGGCUCGACACCUCUUCAUCGUCCAUCGGCUGAAGGAACCGCACGGUCUGGGCCGAUACAACGGACGGGGCAAAGGAGAUGAAGAGAGUCAAAGAGAAAACCAGUUGGACGUUACAGACGAGAACGAUGACGGGACACCAAACACCAAAUGCAAAGUCUGUGGGAAGAUGUUUGAGACGGAGGGCAACCUGAACACUCACAUGAGGACACAUGGGAUGGCGUUCAUUAGGUCAAAGAGACUGAGUGCAGCGGAAAAGUGAGACUUUUUAACCAUUCCAUCUUAAACAACCCUGUUUUAAACGUACACGGUUUGUUAAACCUGCAGUACCUCCGUUGGCUGUGGUUGAGCUGUAGAUACAUGAUGUAUAUGUGGUGUACUACAAUAUGUAUACAAUAUACACACAAAACUGUGUAAUAUACAGCAAAGUCAUUAUAAGUGUCUUUUAGUAAAUUGAACAAGAUAGUUUUUGUACACACAGAGAUGUUUCUAUAGGCCUUGAAUACUGGUAGAUCUUUUGUUUUUAGAAGAACCUUUUAUUUUAAUAGUUUCCAUUAUUGUCUUCUCACUAGGACCAGAUAAUGUGUGGACAUAUCAUUAUAAUGGGAUUAAUCCUCAUGCACUCAGCAGUGUUCUGAACUUUUAAUGCUGCUAAGGUCCAACGAAUGUCUGGUAGAAAACUACAUAAAACUGUGGACGCUUCAAGUUUACUUUAACCUUUGUUUUGAAAAUUGCAGUAUUUCUUUCUGAAACUUUGUUUCUCCAAUAAGACCUUAGUUCUGGUCCUGAAAAUAACUGAUCCCGUAAGAAAAACUCUGCAGUAACUCUGAGCUGAAGUAAAAUUACAUUUCUGAAGAUAGAUUUGAGGACAACCAGGUGAAGAUUUAUCCAGUUAUUGUCAUUAACAUAUCAAAGGCAGAAACAAAAUUCUGAAAUAUGGAAGAAUUUAGAGUGAGUUGAAAGCUCCCAGGUUUAUAAAAGAAUAUGUCAAACAUUAUUAUAUCUUUAAAAAACAAACAUGGGCCAAAUUGGCUUUUUGCAAAAGUAUUUUGUAAAGGAUUUUGUGAUUUUUUUUUAUGUUGAUGUUUCAUUCCUGUCUUAAUAUAUAAUAUAUGGCAGCUCUUUGAGAUUAAAAUUGACUUAAAAAUGUUUAUUUACCUGAAUAUUUAAAAAUAUACGUUUCAAAGCACUUGCCUUUUGUUGAACAGCAGUCUUCUUUACAGCGUUUAGUGUGACUCUGUUAUAGCACAAUGACAAUAAAAUUGUAAUGUCCCUGUAUUUCAUAACAACGUCAACAUUAUCAUUUUCUGCCGUUACUUUUUAACAUUUCUUCAGUUUGUGGUUCUUUUAGUUAAUGUGGAAUAAUAACAAUAAUAAUGAUGAUGAUAAUGAAUGUUCACUGACAGGAUUAACACUGGGAAAACUUAGAAACUAAACAAAAACUUCUGUGAAUGUAAACUCAGCCGUUCAGUUAAAUGAACAUGACUCUCAAGCAUUUCCAAACAAUAUCACUCAGUUUUGGACAUUAGUUUUUUCUACGAUGAGACUCUAAAUGUCUUGCGCUGUAAAACUGCAUGUGAGGAGCAGUCUAUGAAUUGUUUGUUGAUUAGAAUGUGUCUUGCUGCUGUUGUUGCUGCUGCCAUUUUUAGACAUUUCUGACGCUUGUGUACAAAGUUGUUCUUUAUGUCAAUAAACGAUGAAACCUGCCAGAGAUGAGACCUGAUGUCCACCACGCACGAGACAUCAGCUCUCCUCUAUGGAAAUAUAUUAGAAA